GAUCCGGCAACUUUGGGCAGCGCAUGCGCGCCCGCGGCGCUCCAUCCCAAACACACACACAUUUUUCCCCCGGACUUGGAAAGUCACCCAAAGCCGCCCCAAGUGCAGGCAAACAGACCUUGCUGACUGAAGGCAAAGACUCCUCCAUCCCACCCACCCUCCCAGCUGCCGCGGCCAUUGACCCCUCCUUUACAAGGGGCUCCUGCAACUCCCCAGUGGCGUGUGUUGGAAUGGACUUCGAACCCUGGCCUCUUGGGAUGCAAAGGAUGAAGUGACACCCCCAGCUACAUCCGAGGAGGCUCUAGGACCCGCUACAAGAGUUUGGGACCAAGGAGAAGAGAAUGGAUCUUGGAACAGAUUACUUCUUGACCUACCUGCUCUGUGCCAGGCACCCUGCCAGGCCCAGAAAGUAGAGUGAUUCUCAAGCGCUGCCAAGGAACUCGUAGACUAGUGGAGGAGACAGACAUGUGCCAGCUGAGGGCACCCGGUGCACGGACCCGCCUGCAGGCAAGCCCACCAUGGCACCCAAGCGCAAGGGCGGCCUGAAGCUGAACGCCAUCUGCGCCAAGCUGAGCCGCCAGGUGGUGGUGGAGAAGCGAGCUGACGCCGGCUCCCACGCGGAGGGCAGCCCAUCGCGGCCCCGGGACCCAGAGCGCAGUGGCCCUGAGUCUGGGGCAGCCCGGGCCCCCCGCAGCGAAGAAGACAAGAGACGGGCGGUGAUCGAGAAGUGGGUGAACGGGGAGUACAGCGAGGAGCCGGCGCCCACACCCGUGUUGGGGCGAAUUGCCCGCGAGGGUCUGGAGCUACCGCCCGAGGGUGUCUACAUGGUGCAGCCCCAGGGGUGCAGCGAUGAGGAAGACCACGCGGAGGAGCCCUCCAAGGACAGCGGUGCCCUGGAGGAGAAGGAUUCGGACGGGGCAGCCACCAAGGAGGACAGCGGCCCCAGCGCCAAGCAGCCUUCAGGAGAGGCCUCCUCGCUGCGGGACUACGCGGCCUCCACCAUGACGGAGUUCCUUGGCAUGUUUGGCUAUGACGACCAGAACACGCGGGACGAGCUGGCCAGGAAGAUCAGCUUUGAGAAGCUACACGCGGGCUCCACCCCAGAGGCGGCCACCUCCUCCAUGCUGCCCACCUCCGAGGAUACCCUCAGCAAGCGGGCACGGUUCUCUAAGUACGAGGAGUACAUCCGCAAGCUCAAGGCUGGCGAGCAGCUCUCCUGGCCGGCCCCCGGCGCCAAGACUGAGGAGCGGGUGGGCAAGGAGGUGGUGGGCCCCCUUCCCGGCCUGCGGCUGCCCAGCAGCACGGCCCACCUGGAGACCAAGGCCACCAUCCUGCCCCUGCCGUCGCACAGCAGUGUCCAGAUGCAGAACCUGGUGGCCCGGGCCUCCAAGUAUGACUUCUUCAUCCAAAAACUGAAGACCGGCGAGAACCUGCGGCCCCAGAACGGGAGCACCUACAAGAAGCCAUCCAAGUACGACCUGGAGAAUGUCAAGUACCUGCACCUCUUCAAACCUGGGGAGGGCAGCCCCGACAUGGGCGGGGCCAUCGCCUUCAAGACGGGCAAGGUGGGGCGCCCCUCCAAGUAUGACGUCCGGGGCAUCCAGAAGCCAGGCCCCGCCAAGGUUCCGCCCACCCCCAGCCUGGCUCCCGCACCCCUUGCCAGCAUGCCCAGUGCUCCCAGCGCCCCUGGGCCAGGGCCGGAGCCGCCUGCCUCCCUGUCCUUCAACACUCCCGAGUACCUGAAGUCAGCCUUCUCCAAAACAGACUCCAUCACCACGGGGACCGUCUCCACUGUCAAGAAUGGACUGCCCACAGAUAAACCAGCCGUCACUGAAGAUGUAAACAUUUACCAGAAAUAUAUUGCCAGGUUCUCGGGCAGCCAGCACUGUGGCCACAUCCACUGUGCCUACCAGUACCGCGAGCACUACCACUGCCUUGACCCCGAGUGCAACUACCAGAGGUUCACGAGUAAGCAGGACGUGAUCCGUCACUACAACAUGCACAAGAAGCGCGACAACUCCCUGCAGCACGGCUUCAUGCGCUUCAGCCCGCUGGACGACUGCAGCGUCUACUACCAUGGCUGCCACCUCAACGGGAAGAGCACUCACUACCACUGCAUGCAGGUGGGCUGUAACAAGGUGUACACAAGCACGUCUGACGUGAUGACCCAUGAGAACUUCCACAAGAAGAAUACCCAGCUCAUUAACGACGGCUUCCAGCGCUUCCGAGCCACCGAAGACUGCGGCACAGCCGACUGCCAGUUCUACGGACAGAAGACCACGCACUUCCACUGCAGGCGCCCCGGCUGCACAUUCACUUUCAAGAACAAGUGUGACAUUGAGAAGCACAAGAGCUACCACAUCAAGGACGAUGCCUACGCCAAGGACGGCUUCAAGAAGUUCUACAAGUACGAGGAGUGCAAGUACGAGGGCUGCGUGUACAGCAAGGCUACCAACCACUUCCACUGCAUCCGCGCCGGCUGCGGCUUCACCUUCACCUCCACCAGCCAGAUGACCUCUCACAAGCGCAAGCAUGAGCGCCGGCACAUCCGCUCCUCGGGCGCGCUGGGGCUGCCGCCCUCGCUGCUGGGCGCCAAGGACACGGAGCAUGAGGAGUCCAGCAACGACGACCUUGUCGACUUCUCCGCCCUGAGCAGCAAGAACUCCAGCCUGAGCGCCUCCCCUACCAGCCAGCAGUCCUCUGCAUCCCUGGCUGCCGCCACUGCCGCCACCGAGGCUGGGCCCAGCGCCACCAAGCCUCCCAACAGCAAGAUCUCGGGGCUGCUGCCCCAGGGCCUGCCUGGCUCGAUCCCCCUGGCCCUGGCCCUCUCCAACUCGGGCCUGCCCACCCCCACGCCCUACUUCCCCAUUCUGGCUGGCCGUGGGAGCACCUCCCUGCCCGUGGGCACCCCCAGCCUCCUGGGUGCCGUGUCGUCUGGGGCAGCAGCUUCAGCCACCCCUGACACGCCCGCGCUGGUCGCCUCGGGAGCUGGAGACUCAGUCCCCGCAGCUGCCGCCUCUGUCCCAGCGCCGCCCACCUCCAUCAUGGAGAGGAUCUCUGCAAGCAAGGGUCUCAUCUCGCCCAUGAUGGCCAGGCUGGCUGCGGCUGCCCUCAAGCCCUCUGCCACCUUUGACCCAGGAAGCGGGCAGCAGGUCACCCCAGCCAGGUUCCCCCCGGCCCAGGUGAAGCCGGAACCCAGUGAGAGCACCGGCGCCCCAGGCCCCCACGAAGCUUCCCAGGACCGCAGUCUAGACCUGACUGUGAAGGAGCCCAGUAAUGAAUCAAAUGGCCACGCAGUCCCGGCAAAUUCAUCUCUUUUAUCCUCGCUUAUGAAUAAGAUGUCUCAGGGCAACCCUGGCCUGGGCAGCCUGCUGAACAUCAAGGCGGAAGCGGAGGGGAGCCCCGCUGCAGAGCCCUCACCCUUCCUGGGCAAGGCCGUGAAGGCGCUGGUUCAGGAGAAGCUGGCAGAGCCCUGGAAGGUGUACCUGCGCAGGUUUGGUACGAAGGACUUCUGUGAUGGCCAGUGUGACUUCCUCCACAAGGCCCACUUCCACUGCGUGGUGGAGGAAUGCGGCGCGCUCUUCAGCACCUUGGACGGGGCCAUCAAGCACGCAAACUUCCACUUCCGGACAGAGGGAGGAGCAGCAAAAGGAAACGCAGAGGCUGCCUUCCCGGCCUCAGCUGCCGAGACCAAACCUCCCAUGGCCCCCUCAUCCCCUCCGGUCCCUCCUGUCACCACGGCCACGGUGUCCUCUCUGGAGGGGCCCACUCCCAGCCCGGCCUCCGUGCCCUCCACCCCAACCCUCCUCGCCUGGAAGCAGCUGGCUUCCGCCAUACCCCAGAUGCCUCAGAUCCCAGCGUCAGUGCCUCACCUGCCCGCCUCGCCCUUGGCAACGACUUCUCUAGAGAACGCCAAGCCCCAGGUCAAACCCGGAUUCCUCCAGUUCCAGGAGAACGAUCCUUGCCUCGCCACGGACUGCAAGUAUGCCAACAAGUUCCACUUCCACUGUCUCUUUGGGAACUGCAAGUACGUCUGCAAAACAUCUGGCAAGGCCGAAUCCCACUGCCUGGACCACAUCAACCCCAACAACAACCUGGUGAACGUGCGAGACCAGUUUGCGUACUACUCUCUGCAGUGUCUCUGUCCCAACCAGCACUGCGAGUUCCGAAUGCGCGGGCACUACCACUGCCUCCGCACCGGCUGCUACUUCGUGACCAACAUCACCACCAAGCUCCCCUGGCACAUCAAGAAGCAUGAGAAGGCGGAGCGGCGGGCAGCCAAUGGCUUCAAAUACUUCACCAAGCGCGAGGAGUGUGGCAGGCUAGGCUGCAAGUACAACCAGGUGAACAGCCACUUCCACUGUAUCCGGGAGGGCUGCCAGUUCUCCUUCCUCCUCAAGCACCAGAUGACCUCCCACGCGCGGAAGCACAUGCGGAGGAUGCUGGGGAAGAACUUCGACCGUGUGCCCCCCUCCCAGGGCCCCCCAGGCCUGAUGGAUGCUGAGACAGAUGAGUGCAUGGACUACACUGGCUGCAGCCCGGGCGCCAUGUCCUCUGAGUCAUCCACCAUGGACCGGAGCUGCUCCAGCACCCCCGUGGGUAACGAGAGCACUGCGGCAGGUGAGCUGCAGGCAGGGGCUGCUGGCAGGGCCAAGCCCCACUCCCAAAGCCCAGCACCGGUGGGUGCAGCUUGGGACAGAAGGUCCGGGGCACACGGCCUCUGAGGAGGACAGGCUGGUGUGCAGCAGAGCCAGCUGGUCUGUGGGACUGAGUCACUGAGGCCCCUCCCGCCAUCCUCCCGCCUCCCCGGCGCUGCCCUCCGUAUCAGUUUCCAGGAGAGGACCCUGGGCCGGUCCUCUAUGAGCCACAGCGGGAGCAGCGCGGCCCUGGCCUCCUUCCUCUGCUGCCUCCCACCUGGCCUGGGCCCAGCACCGGUCCUGCCCGGCACACCUGCCCAUGUGACCCCUGGCACCGCCCUGCCUCUCUCUCCUCCUGCCCCCUCUUCUUGUGUCCCUCUCUCUGCUCAUCCGUGCACACAUUUUCAUGCCAUACCUGCUUCUGCCAUCGGGUUUCUCAUUUUGGUUCUUUCUGUUUGUUUGUUCUUUGUUUUGGUUUCUUUUUUUUUUUUUUUUUUUUUUUUUUCU